AUGACCUCCACCUUUGCCGCGCAGCUGCGCACUAUCGCCGCAAAUUCUAGAAACGAACUCGACCUCCGCGCCCGACGGGAUGCACACGCUGAAUCGCUCCUUUUCGAACGAAAUGUUGCCGCCAGUCAAGACUGGGAAACGAUAUACCAAGUAUGUGUGAAAGGUUUCCAAGAGUUGUGCCUGUUGGACGCAAGACUGCACGAAUUUGAACACAAUCUAUAUAGUCCCGAGGCGAAGACGCAGGACAGAGAGCAACUCAGCAAGGCACAAAAUGAAGCGCUAGGGCUCGUGUUAGAGCGAUGCCUCACUCUUCUUGGAUCAAAGCUGAUGCUUCGACCUGGCGUGCAAGCAGUGGAAUGGCUCGUGCGAAGAUUUCGAGUUCACAUUUACAACACAGAUGUUCUUCUUGCCACGGUCUUACCGUACCAUGAAACACCAAUUUUUCGAAAUAUCUUGAGCAUUAUCCCAACAGACAAACUCGUCAAUGGCUGGAAGUUCCUGGGUCCCUAUCACAGUGAGGCAGCCAAUAUUCCUCGGCAUGCUGUACUGCACAGUGCCACUCACAACGAUGUCUUUUUCUCUUUCUUCAACGACUACACCUUGCAGGCAUGCCAAGAAGGUGCGGCUCACCCACAACUCCACCGUUUCUGGGCCAGUGUUGUUGUCGAGGCCAUCAGGGGAAGAUUGAGCCAGGUCAAAAAUGGGAGAAAAGAAGUACAAAAACAGCGGACAGAAGAUGCGUUAUUGAAGAUUUUACCACUGCUUAAUGAAGGACUGGAAGUCAAUGGCUGUCCCGAGUUGACAGUUACUUGUUUCACGAUUAGCCUCGUGUGUGCAAGCACUUUAGAUCUGGAGGAUCAUGUCAUUGACUCCUUGAUGAAGGCUAUUGCCCCAUUCAUCAUCAACGAAACAGCGGAUUCCAGGGAAGCUUUGGCAUGUUUGGCUAUCCUCGUAACAAAAAAGGCCGAAAAAAGAGUUUCCAAAGAUGUUCUUGACUUGUUCAUUAACAUCAAAGAUUUGGGGACGCGGUUGUCUCGGUCAUUUGAACAAGUUCGCUUUGCCCCAUUGUUCGAAGCCUUGCUCAGCUCAGCACUCCUGGGAUUGAACGAAAAUAAUAUGGACAGGAGAGUGCGGUUUGUCGAAGAUAUAUUUGACACUGCUAAGGAGCUCUUCCCGGCAGCGACAAAAAGUCAGUUACUUGCCAUUUUGCUUCGGAAGUUUUCUUCGACGGACUCCAGACUCUCACCAAAGUCGAAAUGCUGGACACGGCUAGUCCGUCUACUACAGGCUCUGGCUGGCUCUUCCAACUUCUCGCCAUCUUUGUCCAAUGCAGUAUCUUUAGCCGGCCGCUCUCAGUCAGAGGUAGAAGACCUUCUACAGAAGACGAUCGAAGCUCCGCAACUACCUCUCCUCGAACACAUCCCCAUGGAACGUGACAGCCUCGAGGAAGGGUCAACAGAUAAUUCAGCUGGAGUGGAGGUGGUGCUUGCAUCCCUACCUUCUGAUACCACCGAGUCGUCAUUCCUCGUUGCUGGGAAGCGUUUCCCGCUGUUCGAUCAACUUGUCCAAGCUUUUGUGCUUUGCUGUAAGGAGAGGCGGCUCCUGGAACAUUUUGAAGGGAUUCCACUAUGGCGGAAACAAACAGGAAGACCUUCGGAUUUGCAUACUAGCUUCCUUUUAAGGAUGGCUCUGGGCGCCUUCUCAGUUACCCAUCGGAAUGCUGCUCUUCAACUUCUCUCGGAAGUCAUCGAACAGGGGGUGGUGGAUCAUUCAGAGUCGCUGAUUCCUUACCUUACCGUCCUCCUUUCUGAUGAUAUCCAACAUGUACGACGUGCAUCCGUCGCUUGCAUAGUGGCAAUUUAUAAGGCUGCCUCGAAAGAAAGCGAUCAGCGCGCAGCAGAAACGGUGUACGAUGCACUUGGCAUGCCACAUAUCAAACCACUACCACCUUCGCAGGUUGCAAAAAUCCUGGAGCAAGCAUACUUGCCUUAUUUGGAAGAAUGCGUUUUGGAUCGCUCCUACAUUCGCACAGUUCUUCAGACAGCUUUUGACGGUCCUGAUCGCACGCCUUCGUUGAAGACUGCCGAUAUCGAAUUAAAGAAGAGCACAAAGCAUGCGCUCUUUGAUCUGUUGACUGGCUGUGCGUUAGGCUGCCCUCUGCUCAGAGUCAAGGUAGGAAUACUUGAACUGCUUAUGGGGAUUCACAGAGUUGGCAACUCAAGCAGCAGCGAGAUUCUUUCACCUAUCCUCGAGGCCUGGGCAUCAUCGAGAGAAGGGGACGCUGAAGAUGCCGCGUCAUCAGAAGGUCUUUCCCUGGGUCAAGUUGAUGCUGUAAUGGUUCAAAUCGUCAAUGCGCGGGAUAAGGAAGCGGUUGAGCAUAUUCUUGCAAUGCUUGUUGAUGAUAAAGUCCAGCCUCGCGCUGCCCUGGUUACAGCUCUCUUCGACAGAAUUGCCGAUAGUUGGAAGGACAUGCAUCAUGAGUCACAGAUCUCUGCUGCUGUACGCCUAUUCGAUAUGUCCUUCUCCAAAAACCCGGCUCAAGCUGCCGGAGCUCGUCAAGUUCUGCACACAGUCACUCUCUCUACUGAGGCUCUCGCUGCACUACUGGAUCACUCAUUUUCCGGUCUUGCUCAGAUGCAAACGGAUGUCCAACCCAGAAAGAGACGCCGUAUAAGCCAUGGGCGUGAAAGUAUCCCGAAGGAUCUAGCAAUCGAAUUGGAUGUCAGCGAGGCGAGGCUGACGUUUGCGCUUGAGCUGAUCGAAGAUUCCAAACCACAAACCCAUCCGCAAUUGCUUGGGGGCAUGUUCGAGGUGUUGAUCAUUCUAAGACGAGUUAAGGACAUGGGUACAUCUGAAUCUCCUUACCUUCUCAACCUCUGCCUGAGCAGCAUAUUGGCAAUCGUCGACAAUGCACGAAAAUCACCAAGACCAGCCAUUGACGUCUCUAGCAUUCGCACCGACUUGGUCACCGAUUGUGUUCGAUCAUCAGAAAACCCACAGGUCCAAACCACAGCUUUGCUUCUCUGUUCCUCUCUGGCGUCUCUUGCUCCAGAUCGGAUAUUGCAUAGCGUAAUGCCGAUCUUUACAUUCAUGGGUAAGGGCAUACUUUCGAAGGACGAUGAACGCUCAAUUUACGUGACGAAUCAAGCUAUCGACGAAAUAAUCCCUCCUUUAGUUGCCGCCUUGAAAAAGCAAGAUGCCAAAAAACUUGUCCACUCUACUUCAAGCUUGCUCUCAAGCUUCGCUACAGCAUACGACCAUGUUCCUCAAUAUCGAAGGGCUGCUUUUUACCAACGGUUACUUAGCAGGCUUGGUGCUGAUGACUUUGCGUUUGCAAUCAUUGCUCUUCUUGCAUCAAGACGGCGUUCAGACGAUCUAUCUUCAUUCUUUGCGGGUUUGAUGGCCGACCUUUCAGCAUCGACUCAGCUUCUGACCUUCAGAAAACUUCUCGAUUUGACUACGGAUAUCUUCUCCGAGAAUCCUCAUAAUGCUCUGCCAUUAUUGGACAUCAGCACAACUACCCCGAAUGUGAAGAGAGAGCAAGAAGCACUAGCCUUGCUUGGGGUAGCUUCGAAACUCCUUGAGCCAAAAAGUCUGAAGACGCAGGUAAAUGGACUCCCAAAGUCUGAUAAAGCCGAAAGUGAGACCUUUUGGGCCGAGUUCAAAAUCUGCAUCACCCGCAUCCUGGGCAUGCUCAAAUCCCAAAAGUCCAGCCACAGUAAUCUGAUUCCACCCACAAGGAAAUGUCUGAGCUCGCUCCUCGAGUUACCUACCCUUGCCGACCUUCUCAAGAUUAUGCCCGAUCUACUGCACGAUAUGGUCCAACUCGGAGAGGGUCAUCAUGAGCUUCAACCUCUAGCGUUGAGAGUGCUCGCAACACAACUCCAACACAACGCUCCGAGCUCGAGGGAUGCUAGAACGCAAGCCGAGGCUGUCGCGUUCCUCCCCACCCUCCGGCAAAUCAUCCGCACCACUACUGAUGAGGCGUUCAGGCAUGCUGCGAUUGCUUGUCUCGAUCGCAUAAUCGAGAUGUAUGGGCGCAAGAAACCGGACGAUGUCAUUGCCGCAUCAGCUACCUUGAUCGAGAUUGAUUGCGGGCUUGAUUCCCGCGAUGAAAGAACAAAGAUCAUGUCUCUGCUCUGUCUUGCGAGCAUGACGGAGGUCGUUAAAGAAGGAGGGAUUCCGAUCGUGGCGCAGGCCCUUCCUCAAGUGUUGGAUCUCUUGAAAUCGUUCUUGUCAAAAGAGAGCGAAAGUAGGAAGACCGAAGGACGCGUGGAGCUUCACAAUGCUUGCUUCGCAUUGCUUUCUUCGUUCCUUACUCACACUCCCUACGUGAUCAGUGACGAAAAUGUUGCUGUUCUCCUCGAUUUAUGCUACCGCUCGUGCCUCGCAAAACCAGACGAGGCGUCGUGCAAGGAGGCUCGGCUCGAGGUGCUGGACCUCAUGACUCAGAGAUUGCACUUGAAAGGACUGGUGAGCAGUUUAAAUCAGGCCUGGAAAUCGACGGUUAUCUCCGGCGGGGAGGUUGAUGGAGAAGCGACUGCCGAGUAUUUGGGUAUGCUUUCUAAAGCGAUUGAACGGAACCGGAAGUCCACGGUCGUGGGAGCCGCAGACGAGAUAUCGAGUUUCAUCUUGCAGGCUUUGGACUUGCGACGGCUCAGUCAAGAGAAAGGCACUGCAGACGAAGAGAGCCAUACCGAAGGCGCCCCCUCUUUGGACAUUGAGGACGUUGAAAAGAGGCUGCAUGAGUUGAGUAUUGUGUUCAUUUUUAAACUUAACGAGGCAACCUUUCGGCCAAUCUUUGAGGGAUGGGUCGACUGGGCGACCAAACGCAGCCUCGAUGAUUCCUCUUCAGUCGAGAGGGACUCGCAGGUGGAUAGAGCACGGAGGGCGAGGCAAACAAGCUUCUACCUCCUCGCCACCCAUUUCUUCACGAGGCUGAAGAGUAUCGUUACGAGCUUCGCGAAUUAUCUACUCCCUCCAAUAAUCGACAUCUUCCGGUCCACUACUGACGGUGCCGUUCCAGCCGCCACUAAAAUGAAGCUGAACCCUACAAAUCGAAAUACGGUCGCGAAGCCCGCCGUGUAUCCUGACCUCUCGGAGGAAACAGGUCUGAAACUGUACAAGUCGAGUCUGGAUCUGUUGACAACAAUCGCAACCCACGACGCUGAUGGGUUCUUCACUUCACUCUCACAUUUCCAGCCUCUGGCCGGGCUUCUCGUCGGGCAGUUGAGUCUGGCCUCGUUCUCAAAAUCUAAACUCAAAGGCAAAGGUCAAGGCCAAGGCUCCUUACGAAACGUGGUAAUGGAUGGGGUGAUCCCCUGCAUCGUGGCGUUGGCAAAUGCCGUCCAAGACGUCCCUGCACACCACCACGCCCUCAACCACCUCCUCUGCCAACUCCGCCACAGCAAUUCCGCGGCCGUCCGCCUUGCGAGCAUCCGCACGCACCUCGCACUCACCGAGUCCGAAGAUGUGGGCGAUGAGUGGCUCCAGAACGUCGUACUAGGCCAGUCAUCAUCGAGCGCUGCCGCGCUGACCGAAGGCGGCGUCGCGGUCGGCGGGUCGGGCGAGACUAUGAUCUACGUGAAUGAGAUGCUCGAAGACGACGACGAGAUCGUCGAGGGCUGUGUGAGGGAGUGGGUGAGGAUUGUCCGCGAACGGGUCGGCGAGGACGUUUUUGAAGUCUAG